AUGACGAGUGGAAACUCGAACAAAGAAUAUAGAUCAAUACCAGAUUUGCCAACAUAUUGCACGACUGGCUUGCCAAAAAACACCGUCCAACAAUUGCAACAAACUCGCGACAAUUGUUUGAAUGAACACGGGAAUCUAAUUUCCAUAAAUAGAGCAACUGCUUCGCAAUGUCAGACAUUUCUGAGAAAUAAUCAAUCAAAUACAGUGUUAAACGGUGAGCAAUCAACAAAUUAUGUUGGUAAUCAAUACCAAACAUGGAACAAUAAUUCACAACAUGUAGUUACGAACACGGAUAAUCAUCCUAUAUUUUUCACAAAAACUUUCCCCGAAAUUAAUAAUAUUAUUAAUAUAGGAGAGAUGAAUGAUUUAAAUCAGCCGCUGUCAUCAAACAACUCUCUGCAAGAAACAAUAGUGUUGCCAAUAGAAGAUUUAAAUUGUAAUGGUCAAAUGAAAAAGAAAAGAACAACGUGCAAAAAAAAUAGUGUCCAACCUCGAAAGCGAGUAACACCCGCUAAAAAGAAGAAAAAUGUUCAAGAAAAAACGAAUAAUACUAAAAUACUUCUAAAAGAUAAUUUACCAGCAGAAAAAACUAAUUUAAAAUAUAUGAUAAAACGCCUAAAACGCCUCAAACAACGGUAUCACUCAACAAUAAUCAAUUAUCUUCGAAGUAAGGAUCGCAAAAAGUCAAAAAAAAUUAAAAAACUAUCAGAUAAAAUGCAAAAAUCAUCAACGAACGUUAAUUUGACAAAUAGUAAGAAGGAUGAUAUCACUCUUGGUUCAAUAACAAAUAUAAUUUCAUUUGAACCAGAACGACAAUGCGUGAAUAAUUUGAAACGAGAUGAUACUUUCUCACUGAUGGAACAGAAUAAUAAUUUUUCCUCGUCAGAUAAUGAGAAAUCAUCAAUCAUAUCUACAAAAUUGAAAAUAACAUUCGAUCAAAAUCGAAAUGUUGAAGCAAUCUGUUUAGUGUAUCAUCGACUCAAACCAUCCUUGACAAAAACGGGUGUGAUUGUUAAUGGACAACAGUAUUAUGACAAAAAUGAAAAUGAAGAUGAGCAUAAUUUAACAUUAUUAGUAAAAGCCGUUGAAUUAUUAGAAAAAAGUGAAAGUGCUAAUAAUAGCCUGUAUUGUCUUUCUUUAACUGGCAAAGCGGUCUAA